ACCAACAACAAAUACCGAUCACGCGAUCAUAAAACUAAGAACAGGGGCUCGCCCCACCAAACCAAAAUGCUGCCACCAGACAAAAACAAGCUUUUUUCCAAAAGCACAACCAUAGAACAAAAAUAUAUAGUUAUCAAAAGAAAAGACAAUAUAUCCCUAGAACAUACCAACCCUUUCAUUAUUAAAAAAUCAAUUGACUACACCUGCGGAGGUGAAGUCGAUAAGUGUAAAACAACAAGAGCUGGCACACUCCUAGUCCUAACAAAAAAUACUCAACAAGCAGAAAAAUUAUUAAAAAUUACAAAAAUUGGCACAAUAGAUGUAGAAGCAAAGGAACACAAAUCCCUUAAUGAAACCAAAGGAAUAAUCUAUUGCAAUCUACUCAGGUAUGUCACAGAAGAAGAAAUAUUAGACGAAUUAAAAUCCCAAAAAGUCUCACACGUAUACAAAUGGACAAAAAUGGUAGACCAAACUAGAGUACCAACAGGACUCAUCACCCUUACUUUUGCCACUACAAAUCUUCCCGAAAAAGUAAUGAUAGGCUAUGAGGUAGUGUUUACUCGCCCGUACAUACCACGGCCUAUGCAAUGCAAAAAAUGCCUUCGCUUUAACCACCCACAAACUUUCUGCAAGCAAGAAAACCCUACAUGCAAAAACUGCUCUGACAACACACACACAAGCGACAGCAUUGAAUGCAGGCAGGAACCCAAGUGCAUUAAUUGCAGGAACAACCACUCCUCCUUAGACAAAAAAUGCCCAGUCUUCCUUAAAGAACAGGAACUAAUAGCAAUCAAAAUCACUGAAAGGGUGGACCAUAAAACGGCACGCUCAAUAUAUCUCGCUCGUCACAAUCCCAGUCAGGAAUCCUCAUACUCCCAAACCCUAAAGAAUACAACUCACACAGCAAUCUCCACUAAAAUACCCGAAGAUCAACCCCAAAGCACCCCAGCAAAAGAAAUCAAAGCCACCACAAAUUCUAUUGACGAUCUCCUCAAGGAAUUAGACAACAAAAUUAAAAAAACCAACAACCCACCUAAACGCACCUCUUUAACCUACGAAUUGUACGAUGAAGACGAAGAUAUGGACUUUAUUACUAGCUACGACUCCCAAAAACCAUCUACAUCAGCUAACGCCCGCAUACUCAGAAGCCAAACCAAAGCAAAGUCAACCCUAUCAAAAACCCUAAAAGCUAAAGAACAAAAAACAAACCCUACUAACGCAAACAAUUUAAAACAAACACAAACAAACCACUAAAAU